GACACUUUACAUAAUUAAUUUAAAGAAGUAAAUUGGUGUGAAAUUGAUUAAUUAAAUUCAAAAUGAAUUUAAAAGUUAUAUUUAUUUUGGGAGCUUACCUGAUAACAGUAAAUUCAUCAGAAUUGGGAGAACCAAAACCAGUGAUAAAGCCUGUCGCUGAUAAACCCAUGAAAAACUCUGAGGAGUCGUGCAUUUGUACUGAUGAAUAUAUGCCUGUAUGUGGCAAUGACGGCGUGACUUAUCCCAACUUAUGUAAUUUUGAUUGUGAGAAAAAGAAAAAUUGUAGUUUGAAACUCGAUUGCAACACAACUUGUCCAUGCCCUGAGAAGCCGUGCAUCUGUAUUGAAAUAUAUAAGCCAGUCUGUGGAAGUAAUAACAAGACUUAUUCCAAUGACUGCUUUUUUAAAUGUGAUCAAGACAAAAACUGUAGUUUGAAGAUCGAUUGCAACACUACUUGUCCAUGCCCUGAGGAGUCGUGCAUUUGUCCUUUUAUAUACAAGCCUGUGUGCGGAAGUAAUAACAAGACUUACUCCAACGAAUGUGUAUUAGAUUGUGACAAAAAGAAAAAUCCCGAUUUGAAACUCGAUUGCAAUGGAACUUGUCCAUGCCCUGAGAAGCCGUGCAUCUGUAUUGAAAUAUAUAAGCCAGUGUGUGGAAGUAAUAACAAGACUUAUUCCAACGAAUGCUUUUUUAAAUGUGAUCAAGAUAAAUAUCCAUAUUUAAAGAUAAAAUGCAAUGCAACGUGCGAUAAAUGUGGUGAUUGCAUUUGUCCGGCAGUUUAUAGUCCUGUUUGUGGCUCAGACGGGAAGACCUAUCAAAAUUCCUGUUAUCUUUCUUGUGCACAAAAGAAAAAUCAUGGCCUAUAUUUCAUUUGCAAUGGAGAUUGUAAAAAGUGUUCUUGUGCAUGUACAAAAGAAUAUAAUCCAGUUUGCGGAACCGAUGGAAAAACAUAUGGCAAUAAUUGUACAUUAUACUGUGCAAGAAACAAAAAUUCUAGUUUGAAGAUUGCACACAAUGGUGAAUGCAAAGGUAAAACACAUCCUGAAAAGAAGGAGCAUGUUAAAGUAUACGAAAUAAUAUUAUCCUCAUCUUCGUCGUCAUCGUCGUCAUCGUCGUCAUCGUCGUCAUCGUCAUCAAGUGAUGAAAAUAACCGAAAACACAAUUACAAAAACCACGAAGCAGAAGCACACGCACACAAAACCGUGACUUUAAACGAGAAAAAGCCUAAAUGCAAAUGCGAUAAACGACAUUAAAUUAGCAAUUGUCUAUAUUAUCUUGAAUUAUGUAUUUAGAGCAGAUAAUAAUCGUCAUCACCGCCACCACCACCCCCGCUAUCUCCACCGCUACAGUCACCACCGCCGCUGUCUCCACCACCACCACAAUCAUACGAACUGCUUCCGUGGUCAUUCGAGCUAGUUCCAUGAUCCUGCGAACUAAAAUGAUGUGUGGAAGUAUGAUGGUCAGAGCUACUCGAAUGAUGAUUAGAUGAUGAAAAUCCGUCAUCAUUACUGGACAAAUUAUGAUGAUUAGAAGACGAUAAUCCGUGAUCAUCAUUGGACGAAUGAUGAUGAUUAGAAGAUGUUUCAUGUUGGCCAUGAUGUGAAUGUGUUGUUAUUGGAACAUAUUCACUAUUAUCGUGACUUUGCGUGCUAUAGCUCGUAUCAACGCCAUACACUGGUGUUGUAUAAUCAUUGCCGAUAUCGGAUGAAGUUCCGUGGUAUGAUUGCUAAUUAUUCAAUUUACUUGCCAUUAGUAAAAUUUACUAAGUAAAUAUAUGAUUUAUCAUUUUUAAUUACCCUCAUUCUAUUAUUAGUGGUGUUCGCUUUUGAUGAUACAUUUUCAGCUCGAGAUGUUUUGUAAUUUUUUUGUUUGCCACAACACGAACCCAUUGUUUGAUUAUUUAUUUCAGUCUAAUAUGGUAAACUUGUCCGAUAGGUUUGCUGGAAAUAUAAGCACUGAUUUAACUUUAACGCGUCUUAUUUAG